AUGGGAAAGAAGCUUAAGCCGAAAAUACACGUUCGAGAUAGCGUUGUGGAUUUCCUGCAACGUACAGCGAAAUUUCUCAACAGUAUGGAAGCCCCAGACGAGAACCAAAUCAAGUUCCGGUUGGAAAAACUCGAAGUGAAAUGGAACGAAUUCGAGGAGAUUCAGAGCGAGAUUGAAGAAGCGGAUGACCACGAAGGAAACGUCGAAGCACAUCGCCAGAUCAGAGCAGAUUUCGAGGAGCAAUACUUCGUGGUAAGGGCAGGGUUGGUAAGCAAGCUUCCGCGGCAAUUAUCGGAGAAUACAGCCGCUUCUUCUUCUUCAUUGCCUAGUUCAGAUUCGAGCAGUGUUCAUGCGUAUGUUCGGUUGCCUCAAAUAAACCUGCCCGAAUUCGACGGGAAUUUCGAGAAAUGGCUUCCUUUCCACGAUACAUUUCGAGCCUUGAUUGAUUCUUCACCAGAGCUAAGCAACAUACAAAAAUUUCACUACUUGCGGUCAUCUUUGAGAGGCGAAGCGUUGAAACUUGUCGAUUCAUAUCCAAUGAGCGAUGCUAACUAUCGAGUAGCUUGGGAUGGGUUAGUUGCGCGGUUCUCAAACAGCUAUCUUCUGAAAAAGCGUCACUUAAAUGCGUUAUUUGAGUACCCAAAGGUUAAAAGAGAAUCUGCGUCUGGGAUUCACGAUGUCAUCGAUUGUUUCGAACGCAACACGAAGAUUUUGGACCAGCUGGGAGAGAAAACAAAUGGAUGGGGUGCGAUGCUGACACACUUAUUGGUUUCAAAACUGGAUGAUGUGACGCAGAAACAGUGGGAGAAACAUGCAUCGGCAUAUGAGGACCCGAAUUUCAUGUUGUUGAUCGAGUUCCUUAAGAAUCAAACUCGGGUGUUGGAUGCGGUUUCUGUUGAUCAGUGUACAUCGAGCUCCCACAGUUUUCCUUCGACAAGUGGUUAUAAUUUCCGAUCAACGAAGGUCUCGAUCAACUCGGUUAUGGAAAGCAAAGGACCAAGCUGCGCAUCGUGCCAAGAACAACAUUCUCUCACUCAAUGUCCAAUUUUUCAUGAUCUACCUGUGGACGAUCGACUACAAUUCACAAAUGCCAAGCGACUUUGUAGCAAUUGUUUGGGCCGAAAUCAUCUGGCACGAGACUGUCCAUCCAGAUUUCGGUGCAGAACUUGUUCGAAAAAACAUCAUACGCUUCUUCACCCAGGUUUUCCAGGCUCGGGAACCACUCCCACCCCUAGUGCAAAUCAUGACAAUUCUGCUUCUUGUCCAACCGGUCCAGGCGAUGAAUCGAACUCUGGUCUCUCAAUUUCUAGUUCGAUUGCAUCUAUCUCUUCCAAUGUUGUACUAGGUUCGUCCGGAUCGUAUGUUUUUUUGAUGACGGCAGUAAUUGAGGUAAAGGAUCGAUGGGGUAAAACUCACCUAGCAAGGGCAUUAUUGGAUUCUGGUUCACAGGCUAAUAUUAUGUCAGAAGACCUCUGUCAGCUCCUGAAACUACAACGUACUGACAAGAAAGUAGAAAUAAGUGGUAUAGGACGAUCACGAAAACAAACAUCUUAUAAAGUGGUAACUACGGUUUCAUCUAGAAUUCAGAACUUCUCACUGCCAAUGGAGUUUUUAGUCUUGGGCCAUGUUACAGAUGACCAACCAUCUUCGUCGCUCCCAUUGUCAUACUGGACACCACCAUCGGACAUGGAACUAGCCGAUCCGCAAUUCUAUCAAUCUGGUCCAGUUGAUAUCGUGUUAGGCUCGCAAUAUUUCUACGAAUACCACCUUCUGAACGGUGGCCGGGUUCAAAUACGCAAGUUUCAAAAUACUCUACCGGUGUUUGUCAAUACUGUAUUCGGUUGGGUUGCUGCUGGGGAAACAGAUUUCAAAGGUACCGGUGCAAAAAUCAGCUGUCAUUUGGCGACAGUUGAACACCUUGAUGCAGCUAUCGAAAGGUUUUGGGCCAUCGAGGAGCUAACCGACAAGCCACCGCGUUCACAGCAAGAAGAAGAUUGCGAAUCACAUUUCCAAAAUACGGUGUCACGGGAUAUAACAGGACGCUACAUCGUACAAUACCCCAAGCGAAUGGGGUUUCAUAAAAUGGUUGGCGCAUCAAUGUAUACGGCACUGCACCGCUUUCAGCAGUUGGAGAGACGCUUGAACAGAGACCCAGAGCUAAGAAAACAAUACGAUGAUUUUCUUCAGGAGUACAUCAAUAUGGGACACAUGCGCCUUGUCUGCAAGAUAGAAGAUGCACAGAAUGAAAAACAAUUAACAUGCUACCUACCGCAUCAUCCUGUUUUGAAGGAAUCUAGUUCCACAACCAAACUACGGGUCGUUUUCGACGGGUCAGCGAAGACGAGCACGAAUCAUUCGCUCAACGAUGCACUGUUGACAGGACCCGUUAUCCAAGACGAACUUCUGGACAUUAUGAUACGUUUCAAGACGUCUGACCCUAUCCAAAUUUACGAGCUCCAAACGGUUACCUAUGGCUUGUCACCUUCUUCAUAUCUUGCCACUCGAGUGCUUCAACAAGUCGCAAAGGAUGACGGAAACAACUACAAACUUGCUGCAGCAGUCGUGAUGGAGGACUUCUACAUGGAUGACUUCCUAUGUGGAGCAGAUUCUAUUGAAAAUGCAAAGAAGUUACGAUGCGAGGUACAAACAUUGAUGGCGGGAGGCGGUUUCCAAUUACGAAAGUGGAGCUCAAACGAGUGGACCGCAAUAUCGGACUCACCCUCGGAAGCAAUCGACGGUCAAUCUACUCUAUAUUUCGAUCCUGAACAAAAAGUAAAAACGUUGGGGGUUUCAUGGGAAACUGCAUCAGAUCAGUUCUGCAUUGAAGUACGAGCAAACGUAAAUGAUGACCCAUGGACUAAACGGAAAAUUUUCUCGGCAAUUGCACAACUGUAUGACCCUCUCGGGCUAGUCUCUCCAGUUGUGGUAUAUGCAAAAAUUCAAAUGCAGAGUCUUUGGUUGGCUUCAUGCAAUUGGGAUGAUCUGGUACCAAAGGACAUUCAAACAAAAUGGGAGCAGCUUUACCAACAGUUACCACUACUAGAACAGUUCAAGGUUCCGCGGCGCAUAUUUGCGGAAGGCCAACUGCCUAAGUCUCGAACUGCCCCCAGCCGACCGUUUGCUAUAACCGGUGUCGAUUUUUGCGGUCCAGUAUAUCUCAAACCCGUCCAUCGUCGCGCUGCCGCUCAAAAGGCUUACAUUGCGGUUUUCGUUUGCUUUACCACGAAGGCUACCCAUCUCGAAUUGGUUUGCGACCUUUCAACUAAUGCCUUCAUAGCUGCCUUGCACCGAUUCGUCGCUCGUCGUGGUGUUCCCGCUGAAAUUCAUUCAGAUAAUGGAACAAAUUUCAAGGGGGCAAAAAAUGUAUUGAAUGAGUUGUACUACAUGCUAAACAAUCACCAAGAGGCAAUCGUCAAUGAAUGCACUGCUAAGGGAAUCACUUGGAAGUUUAUUCCCCCGAGAGCACCCAAUUUUGGCGGCUUGUGGGAGGCAGCCGUGAAAACUGCUAAAACGUCUAUGGUCAAGACGAUCGGAAACACAAGCCUUUCCUACGAAGAUUUUUUAACCGUGCUCACUCAGAUUGAAGCGAACAUGAACGCUCGCCCGCUGACGCCGCUAUCGGAUGAUCCGACAGAACUGGACGUGUUGACACCAUCACAUUUUCUCACAGGAUCUUCGCUAACGUCUCUUCCCGAUCCAGACUAUACCAAGGUUCCAUCUAACCGCUUGAAGCACUACCAGCAGCUGCAACAAUUAAUACAGAAGCACUGGAUUAGAUGGAGAAACGAAUAUCUAACAGAACUCAACGUGCAAAGGAAAAAAUCGCCGGCUACAAUGCAUGUACGUGUUGGUCAAAUUGUGCUAGUGCACGACGAAAGCAAACCAUCGAUCGCCUGGCCGCUUGCUAGGAUUGAAGCGAUAACACCUGGACAAGACAAUAUCGUGCGAGUAGCAACCGUCCGCACUAAAAGUGGAAUUUACACCCGACCGGUCCGGAAAUUAUACCCUUUACCGUUUUGCAGUGAGGCAGACAUAAAACAAAAUGAGCACAACACCGAAGCUGUAGUUACAGAAAUUUGUAGUUAA